GAUCAUAAAUACUUUUAAUAUCAGAUAAAUCAUUAAGAAAUUGCAUUCUGUACUCGACGACCACACUGGAACCUUGCCGGAGUCAAGAGAACUUGUCACUAGUAAUUAUGAAGACACCUUUACGGUGAGCGUAUUAAAACCCCUACCAGAGGUUUUCGAUGGGACUCAAGAGCAAGGGGUAGCCACCUGUGGGCGAGGGUUCCUUGCUGUUAACAGAACACGUUGCCCACCAGGCGAGUAUGCGACCCAAUCAGUCUCCAGGGUCUCGGUUCCCGUUGCGCCCUUCCCCGUGGCCACUGCGCUCAUUCAUGAGCCUAGGGUGAUCAGGACUCCGUCCUAUAAAGAACUGCAGGCUCAGUGAGACUCUUUUCUCGAGAUGGUGGGUGGCUCUGAAAAGAGCCUUUAUGUCCAUCAAAGGGGCCCCGGGGACAGCGGGCGGCCUCACUUGCCCUUGGCCUUGUGGUGGCUCUCCGUCUUCUUGGGCAGCAGCACGGCCUGGAUGUUGGGCAGGACGCCGCCCUGCGCGAUGGUCACGCGGCCCAGCAGCUUGUUGAGCUCCUCGUCGUUGCGGAUGGCAAGCUGCAGGUGGCGCGGGAUGAUGCGCGUCUUCUUGUUGUCGCGCGCCGCGUUGCCGGCAAGCUCCAGAAUCUCGGCGGUCAGGUACUCCAGCACCGCGGCCAGAUAGACCGGGGCGCCGGCCCCCACGCGCUCGGAAUAAUUGCCCUUGCGGAGCAACCGGUGCACUCGGCCCACGGGGAACUGCAGCCCCGCGCGCGAUGAGCGCGACUUGGCCUUGGCGCGCGCCUUGCCGCCCUGCUUACCGCGACCGGACAUUUCCGAUUCAAGGGCAAAAGACAACAAGAAUCCAAAAGCCAGACCGAAAACAAGAGGGAAGAGAACUCCAGCGAGCCCUUAUCUAUGGUAAGGAGGUAGGCUAGACCGCGGAGUUCGAUUGGAUGGCUAUGGUAGCCAAUCAGAAAAAGAACCUGGCACUCCUAAUUUGCGUAUUCCUUUCCCAGCGAUGACGUAGAACAACGUUUGAUCCAAUCAGAAGUGAGCAAAUCCUGAGCCUUCAUUUGAAUACAAAACGUACAAAUAGAGUUACUCCGAGCGCUGCGCGUUUUUUUGGAGAGACACAGCCAUCAUGCCAGACCCCUCCAAAUCGGCUCCUGCGCCCAAGAAGGGUUCUAAAAAGGCCGUCACCAAGGCGCAGAAGAAGGACGGCAAGAAGCGCAAACGCGGCCGCAAGGAGAGCUAUUCUAUCUACGUGUACAAGGUGCUGAAGCAGGUGCACCCCGACACCGGCAUCUCGUCCAAGGCCAUGGGCAUCAUGAACUCCUUCGUCAAUGAUAUCUUCGAGCGCAUCGCCAGCGAGGCCUCCCGCCUGGCGCACUACAACAAGCGCUCCACCAUCACGUCCCGCGAAGUGCAGACGGCCGUGCGCCUGCUGCUGCCGGGCGAGCUGGCCAAGCACGCUGUGUCCGAGGGCACCAAGGCUGUCACCAAGUACACCAGCUCCAAGUGAGGCGUUUCCCGGCGUCCUGAACCCAAAGGCUCUUUUCAGAGCCACCCACACGAUCGAGAAAGGGUUUCGAACACGGUGAAGGGUUAUGUAACCUAAUAUGUCUCCAUGCGCCCUAGCGGUUGCCGGGUGCGGCCGAAUGUGAGCCUCCUCUGUGUGUGUGUGUGUGUGUGUGUGUGUGUGUGUGUGUGUGUGUGUGCGCGCGCGCCGGCAGAGAACGAGAAAAACUGCUCAUUACAGAAAUUGGGGUAGAAACAGUGCUCAGGUGAUGUAGCUCAGUAAUGUUGGGAGCCAAUCAAGGACCCCCUCUCCACCCCCUCCCUCCGCGCGGACAUAUUAACACGCGACGAGACUUUUUUUUUUUUUUUUGAGACGGAGUCUGCUCUGUCGCUAGGCUGGAGUGCAGUGGCGUAAUCUCGGCUCACUGCAACCUCCGCCUCCUGGGUUCAAGCGAUUCUCGUGCCUCAGCCUUACGAGUAGCUGGGAUUACAGGCAUGGGCCACCACGCCUGGCUAAAUUUUUGUAUUUUUAGUAGAGACGGGGUUCCACCAUGUUGGCCAGGAUGGUCUCGAUCUCCUGACCUGUUGAUCCAUCCGCCUCGGCCUUCCAAAGUGCGGGGAUUACAAGCGUGAGCCACCGCGCCCGACCCCAAAUGUCUUUUAUAAGCAAGUGGUGCAUUCUUAGAUGUUGAGCGCUUGCGCCCGGUUCAGGACCGUGUCCAACUGAGCUUGGCGUGCGCGGUGCACGUGAGCGGUGCGGGUCACCUCCCCCAGAAAGACCCUGUGCCAACCUCCCCAUCCCUACCCGCACCCCAUGGGUGAGGCCAGACGUGGCUCAAGACCACGGGCUCUGAGGCCAUGGGCGUUGUCACGUUCCCCUGGCGGUGGUGCCUGGCUCUGCAUUUGCUUAAGACUUCCAUCCCUUCCUGGACCAGAGAGACAUACUUAGAUUUAAGUGAUGAACAUUCCGGCAGGAUAUUUUCCUGGCAGGAUACUGCGAUGGCAGGAUGUUUGAUACCGAAUCGAAGCGCUGCGUCAAAGCAGCGCCCUGCUCUGGGGAGCCGGAUGUAAUAAGCGACCCCAGCUGCCGGUAGCUUUAACCCUUAUGGGAGUGGGGGUGGGGGAAGGGUUAAUUCAGGAGGGAAAGAAUUCCCUUUUUCUGAGCAAAUGUAGCUACCUCCCUCUUCUACCACAUUGUUUUCUGCGAGGCGUUAGCAACACAGAAUUCCUUUCCUACCCCCUCCAAAUUCACGGCAUUUAUUUGGGGACUGCCAUUUUGGCGCAGGAAAGCUCUUUGGCACGAAGAGUUUUCGCUCUGGAAAGGGCAUUGUUUACGUUUUCAUGACUUGGCUUUUCUUGUUUAGAAAAAGGAGAUUUCCAGUAAUUGCUUCCCCAAACCAUUGUGAAAAUUCGAAGUAUUGAGCGUUUGUGUCACCGUUUCCAGCAGGGAAUAAAAAUUCAAUAAAGCUAAA